AAGAAGUAAAAGUGGUUGUAGCUCACCUGCACGAAAAGCGCCUGAGCGCAGAGGACGAGGAUCAGCUUGGCUGCCAUUGUAGUUUGUGUCGAAGUGAACUUGACUAUGAGUUUUCCAAGAAUCGAUCCACUAUUUAUACUGAAACGUAGUGCUUAUCUAGUUGUGUUGCAGCAAUUUGUGCGUUUUGAAAUGAACUUUUCGCACCUUUAUCAGUAAUUGCAAUGUGGGGAAAUAGAAAAGUGUAUGACUUUGUUUCACCAGAACAUAGAAACAAAAACACGUUGUUGUGAUAAGAGGAGACUUUUGCACUAUAUAACCGUGGUCUAGAAGUAGGAACAUCAUUCAGUCUUCAGCUUCUCGUUGAACACAAACAUCAAACAUGUCUACCUUCGCUGUUCUGUUGCUCUGCAUCCAAGCUUGCUUGGUCCAGAAUGUGUUCGGUAUCGGGUGCGGCUGCGGGGGUGCGGCUCCCGCCGCUCUCUCCGGCGCCGCUCCCUGCGGCUACGGCCUAGGCUCCGGCCUUGGCUACGGUGCUGGUCUGGCUGGCUCCUACGGAUUGGCUUCUGGUUUGGGUUAUGACGGACUCGCCUACCCUGGCGCUGCCGGUUACGGCUCUGGAGUCGCCGCGUACGGCGGCGCCGGUGAAGGCAACGUGGCGGUCGCUGGUGAGCUGCCAGUCGCCGGUAACACCGCUCUGUAUGGACAGGUGCCCAUCAUGGGCGCUGUCAGUUUUGGUGGAUCUGUCCCGGCUGCUGGUGCCGUGUCUAUCUCCGGACAGUGCGCGUGCGGCUGCGGUGCUCCAAUUGCUGCUCCUGUAUACUGCUGAAUCAUCAAUUU